GCUCAUAAAUCAGCUGUCUGAUUGCCCUGGUCAUUUCAACCAACGUCUGACCCUUUUGUUAACUCAUGAUUUAUAACUGGAAGUUACUUUUUUUUUAAUGCUAGAUUUAUAAACUUUACUGUGCUUGGUUUGAUAUAAUAUCCAUUUUGUACCCCAAGCUAUAAGACAGUAAAUUUAUUGUCUAUGAACUGUUACCUUGAAAAAUUACAUCAAUGCAAAGUGGUUUCCAUUUAGAGUCAAUGGGCAAUAAAUUCAUUGGAUUUUUUUUUCUGAAGGGGGGAGAGAACAUGAUGAUAUUUAUGAGGUCAUGAGCGGCUAUAUAACGGGUGAAACUGGGAGCAGAGGCAACAGACAGGAGUUCGGAGGUACAGGGGUAGGCAAAGACGAAAUACAUUCAACACAGCAACAAUGCAUAAGCUGGUAUUCUGCUGUCUCAUUAUUAUUGGCUUCUCCUGUCCUCUCUCUUCUCUCCCCAUCAUCAAUGCCAGUGAGAUGUCGUAUCAACUCUCAGCUGAUGACGAUCCAAGAUUAAACCUGGAGAGGCUGGGCAGCCUAGGAAGCACUUCCCUGCUUCAGUUGCUGCCAGAGCUCCUGGGCACAGUGACUGAAGACAACAAAGGAGGUCUUAGCCCCAGCAGCUACAACCCAAGGGAGAACAUCAAAGAGACUUUCUAUGGAAAUCAUCCUCGAAUUGCUUUGCUGGGCCGCUUCUUGACCAAGGAUAGGAAACAGUACAAGAAACGUGGGAAUCUUUCCGAGUGCUUCUGGAAAUACUGUGUGUAAACAGGAGAAGAAAAUCUCCCUGACUUUGGUUGCAUAAUUUAUACAGAUGUCUGAAAACAUGUUUAUAGAUUUGCUUUUGAUUUAAAAUGAGAAUGAAGAAACAUGAAGACAGCUCCUAACUUUAGAUUCUAUGCUACUUGGAAAUUAAUAAAUUCUUGAUGUU